UCGCGCGUGCGCGCGUCGGGCCCUCUCCCUCACGUUCCCCGCGCGCUGCGUCCCCUCCCCGCCGGGAGCGCGCGCCUCCAGUCCUCGCGCCAGGUCCUGCUUGGUCUCUCAGAGCCGCACACUCCCCGGAUCUUCUGCCACAGCCGUCGCCUUCGCGGCGGCUCUCCAGCCCGGCGCCUCAGCCUCGGCGCCGCAUCACCGCGUCCCAGACCUCCUUCCCUCCCUCUGCCACUCCCCCUCCCUUUCCCGCCCUUCUUGCCCACCCGGCCGGCAGAGAGAGCCUGGAUACGAAGCAGGCGGGCUUCAGAAGGGGGUUGGAAAAAUGGAGGUUCCGCGCCUGGAUCAUGCCCUCAACAGCCCCACCAGCCCCUGUGAGGAGGUGAUCAAAAACCUCAGCCUGGAGGCCAUUCAGCUGUGCGACCGGGACGGGAACAAAUCACAAGACAGUGGCAUAGCAGAGAUGGAAGAACUUCCUGUACCACAUAACAUCAAAAUAAGCAAUAUAACGUGUGACUCAUUCAAGAUUUCAUGGGAAAUGGAUUCAAAAUCAAAGGAUCGCAUUACACACUAUUUUAUUGACCUCAACAAGAAAGAGAACAAGAACUCCAAUAAAUUUAAACACAAGGAUGUUCCCACAAAAUUGGUGGCAAAAGCUGUUCCCUUGCCUAUGACUGUCCGUGGACACUGGUUUUUAAGUCCAAGAACUGAAUAUACGGUAGCAGUGCAGACUGCCUCAAAACAAGUUGAUGGUGAUUAUGUUGUGUCUGAAUGGAGUGAAAUUAUAGAAUUCUGCACUGCAGACUAUUCAAAAGUUCAUCUAACACAAUUGUUGGAGAAGGCUGAAGUGAUUGCAGGACGCAUGCUUAAGUUUUCUGUUUUUUAUCGUAAUCAGCACAAAGAAUAUUUUGACUAUGUUCGAGAACAUCAUGGGAAUGCUAUGCAGCCCUCUGUCAAGGAUAACAGUGGUAGCCAUGGCUCUCCUAUCAGUGGAAAACUAGAAGGCAUCUUCUUCAGCUGCAGCACUGAAUUCAAUACUGGAAAGCCACCCCAGGAUUCACCUUAUGGAAGAUACAGGUUUGAGAUUGCCGCAGAAAAACUUUUUAACCCCAACACUAACUUAUACUUUGGGGACUUCUACUGUAUGUACACUGCUUAUCAUUAUGUGAUUCUUGUUAUUGCUCCUGUGGGAUCACCAGGAGAUGAAUUUUGUAAGCAGCGCCUUCCUCAACUAAAUUCUAAGGAUAAUAAAUUUUUGACCUGUACAGAAGAAGAUGGGGUGCUGGUUUACCACCAUGCCCAGGAUGUCAUUUUAGAAGUCAUUUACACUGACCCUGUGGAUCUUUCUCUGGGCACCGUGGCAGAAAUCACUGGUCAUCAGCUCAUGAGUUUGUCUACUGCAAAUGCAAAGAAAGAUCCCAGCUGCAAAACCUGUAAUAUCAGUGUUGGACGUUAAUGCCCACUUUUCUUAUUCUUACUCAGCCCCUUUUCCUCCAUUAGGAGCAUUGGUCCUGUUGUCCAUUUUCAUCACCAGAUGUUUUCCACUGAAGCAUGCACAUGCCACUGUCACCAAAAACGAACUACCACUUUCCAAAUUCCAUUCAGAGCCAUUUUAGUGUUUUCCUAUUCCCUACCCCUCCCACUACUUUCAAUGAUGAAAUACCCUAAGUUCUUCUUCUGACACUUUAUUGCCUAGAUGCUGCAAUGUUUUUAUGUUUCCUUUAUGCCAAACAUAACAAAACAGUUAUAUAGACCGCUUUAGCAAAGUACACAAUAAUGGCUUAUAAAUGGUGUUUAAAUAUGCAUUCAUUUUAAUCUACUGAACAAAUAUUGGGAUAACUCCAAACCGCAUGAAAGGGUGUAAUUGCAGCAUGAGUUAAAUCUUGAAGCCUAGAAUUGUCAGCACUUCCAACUUCUUGUUUGACAGUGUUAUUUAUGUUAUUUAUAUUAGCUAACAGGAAACAACUACUGUGUUUCAACAUAAUAAAUAUAAUAGAAAAAUAUUUUAUUUGUAUUGUUGUAUAAAAUAUUUACAAUCAUAUAGAAUAUAUAGAGUUACAUUUUAAUAGCAAUUGUGUACAUGUCACGAAACCAUUUCCCUUAUCAAAGAUGUAAUUUGUAAACCUCAAAUAGUUGUGUAUCUGUCCUGUUACAAGUAGAUGACUUCAAUUAAACAAAUGUAUGAAGGACAUUAUUCUGAUUCAUAAAAGUUAUAAAAUAUUAGGUGAAUACAGAGAAAACAAUAAGCCUCUGAAAUAGUCUGUUUCUGAAAUAGUCAAUAGUCUUCCCAUCCAAACUAUAAGAAAAUGUGAAUUUCUUCAACAUCAUACUUAAACGUUACAGAAAAUAGAAAUACAAACAAGGUUGGUAUAUGAGAGAAAAUGUUGACCUUUUACUUUCUUUUACAAAAAUGAAAAUAAUAAACAUGUUUUAGUAUAAAAUAACACAAAAUGAUAUACACUAAAGUUGAUGAAGCAAAUAAAUAUUCUGGCUUCUUUUUCAAGGUAUCAGGGCAAUUUCCAAACCUUUCAUUUUGUACAGAAGGAAGAAUAACUACAGCUCAUGGGAAAUGUUUUGACUUUACAAAGUAUAGAUGUUGGAACAUUAAGAAAAAUGUAUAUUCCCAAUGAAAAAAUAGUUAUAUCAUCUUAUAGUAAACAAAAAGAUUAGCAAUAAUACUAUGGACAUAUUAGAUUAUAUACUGCAGACACAUAUCUAUCCAAAAUACCUAUUUUAAAUUUUUAAUACAAUAUUUUAUUUUAAUAUAAACAUCUGUCAGUUAUAGACAAAGAUAAUAAUUCACAAAGUACAUGCUAUCAGAAUGAACUUUGGUAACCAGAAAUGUAAAAUUUCAAAUAACAGAUAAAAUAAUGUGUUAUUUUUAUAGAGAAAUAAAAAAAAUAGCAGUAACACAAUCUAGGUUAUUUUAGGGUACUGAGAGCCUAGCAGACUUAAGGGACAAGGUAGUAAAUGUUUUAUCUCUCAAAAAUCCAUUAGAAGUUUCAAAUAAAUUACUUUCUUGCUAGGUACAUUCCUUCCUACUUGAAAAGCAGAAUUUCUUUUCCUCCUCUGAUUGAUUUUUAAAAAUCAUGCUCUUUUCCAUACAUCAACAUAAACAAUCUUUAGAUACUAAAUAAACUUUCCCUAACAAGCAUCCUAGCUAUGUUAUUUAGAUUUGAUAAAAGAUUAGACAUUUUUUAAAAUACUUGUAUUGACUAUGAGUUUUCUGCUUGGCAUGGAGGACACUGAAUUUUUUCCCAAUUAUAAGGCUACCUGUUGUAUCCUUCCCCCCAUUUAAAUCCCUUCUCCUUGUAUAUAAUUAAACUUGCUAUUCCUUCUUGAAAACAGCUAAUACUACCACUAAAGUGCUUGCAUUUUCAUUGUGUCAAAACUACUUAGCAAGGAUGGCAGAGGAAAAUAAACUUUACUUUAUAUCAUGGGUGAAAGUGAUCAUAACAUUUCUUGAACCUCAAAUAGUUUUGGCCACAUCUUGCUUGCUGAUGAGGACCUCUAAUAGUCUCAGUUUGGCUUUUAUGUGCUUAUAUUCGUAGUACUCAUCUGCCAUUGGUAUCCUAUCUUCCUUUUGUGGACUUCUGCAAAACAAAAAUACAUUUAUUAGUUCA